GUUAAUGAUUUAGUAAGAGAGAGAGUCAUUCAGAACUUUUGCUCUCUCACUUCUUUCGUCUCUCUCUCCGGGGUUCCUGAGCUUCUAUAAUGGAGAAGAAGAUCCAGGAAAGCCCAGACAGUGACCGCAAACCUCCACCAUCAAAACAGCGUUUGACGGGCUGUCUCCUGAGUGCUGCGUUUUUCGGGGCUCUUGGCUCCUCCUUCCUGUAUGGAUACAACCUGUCUGUGGUCAACGCUCCCACCAAGGAUAUAAAGGCGUUCUAUAACAGGACGUGGUUGAGCCGGUAUGGCGAGGCGGCUGCAGUGGAGACUCUCACUCUGCUCUGGUCCGUCACCGUCUCCAUCUUUGCGAUCGGUGGCCUGGUGGGGGCGCUCACCGUCUCCUUCCUCAUCAAAGUGCUGGGCAGGAAAGGAACUCUUCUGGCUAACAACAGUCUGGCCAUUAUUGCUGCGCUCCUAUUGGCUCUGGGAGAGAAAGCCGGAUCGUUUGAGAUGCUCAUUAUUGGACGCUUCAUCAUUGGCAUGGAUUCAGGUAUAUCUCUCAGUGUUCUGCCGAUGUAUCUGGGGGAGAUUUCUCCGCGGGAAUGGCGCGGAUCCAUCGGUCAGUUUAACGCAGUCUUCAUCUGCCUCGGGGUUUUUAUCGGGCAGCUGCUCGGCCUGCCUGAGAUAUUCGGACACGUGGACAGGUGGAACUGGUUGUUUGGGUUCCUGGCGGUUCCUGCGGUUCUGCAGUUGUGUGUUCUGCCGUUUCUGCCGGAGAGUCCGCGGUAUCUGCUGAUGGAGCGCCGAGACGAGGCUCGAGCUGAAAAAGCGUUUCAGGCGUUUCUGGGGAAGGUGGAUGUGUCGGUGGAGCUGGAGGAGGUUCAUGCUGAGGGUCGGGCUCAGAUCACGGUUCAGGCGGCGUCAGCGGUGGAUCUGUUCAGGAACCGAGCCGUACGCUGGCAGAUCAUCACCGUCAUCAUCACCAUGGCCUGUUACCAACUGUGCGGCCUGAACGCAAUCUGGUAUUACACUAACGGUAUAUUUGAAGCUGCUGGAUUUGAGAAGUCUACGAUUCCCUACAUCACGCUCAGCACCGGAGGCAUCGAGACGCUGGCCGCCGUCAUAUCGGGUUUGGUGAUUGAACGUGUAGGAAGGAAGCCGCUGUUGAUUUUCGGUUUCUCAGCGAUGGCGGUGUGUUUUAGUCUCCUCACCAUCUUCCUCCAUUUCCAGGACAGGUAUGUCUGGAUGCCGUACCUGAGCUUCGUCUCCAUCCUCGCUGUGAUCGCUUCAUUCUGCUCCGGCCCAGGAGGGAUACCCUUCGUUUUGACGGGUGAGUUGUUUGAACAGUCGUAUCGUCCAGCUGCGUUUAUGGUCGCUGGAGUCGUGAACUGGCUCUCGAACUUCGCCGUCGGACUCCUCUUCCCCUUCAUACAGGAGGCUCUCCAGACCUUUGCGUUCAUGGUGUUUGUGGUGGUGUGUGUUCUGGGAGCCGUGUAUCUGCUGCUGGUUCUCCCCGAGACCAAGAAUAAGACGUUUGUUGAGAUCAGCCGGAGCUUCGCCAAGAUCAACAAGGUCCAGCAGAGCAGCGACCGAGAGAUGGAGGACGUCCUCGCCGUUAAACCGGGACACGCCAGCGAGACCAACGGACUGACCAACAGCACCACCGACCAUCACACCAACCACGCUAACGUCAACCACGCUAACGCGACAGACGCUAACACGGUGGAGAUGGAGAGUUCCUUCUGAUCUGAAAUCUGUGUUCUCUAUAAGAACAGGGUUCUGCUGUUUGUCCUCCUCAGACCUUCAGAUCCGUCUCAUCUCCUGCAGUGAAGACUCGUCUCAGACCCGCACACCAGUUUCACCAAUUUUAUAUCUAAUUACUAACGUUUUAGUUAAUAGACAUUUAAUAUCACAAUUAGUUUUACCUUAAAUAAAAAACAAACAAAAGUCUGUUUUAUGUUAAAUUAAAUAUUUCCAAAUAUUACUCAACUACUCUGAGCUAACGUAACAUUUUCAGCCACAUGUUUAUUUAAAUUGGAUCUUUAAGUUUGUGAAACUCACCGUCAGUGUGUAGUCAUUCCUCACACAAGUACCGUAAGUAAACCUGUAGAUGAUAUUUUAUCACGAACCGUAUGGCCUCAGUGUUGUAACCAUAAUUACUGUUUUAUUUCAACAAAAUCAAUAAGAAAGCUAAAUACGAAUCUGUUUUUUAACCAAAUUAUUGUGCUGAAAACAAAACAUAAUUUAAAUUAACUCACAGUUUAGACAACUUGUUUCCUCAAACAAGUAAAUUCAGCUUAUCCAGACUUACAGUUUACAUCUGUUUAAAUCUUACUGUAAAGAGAAUUUAGUUCAUUUUAAAUACAUUUCUUAACUUAAUCUUUUUGUAACCCUUUCAAAUCACUGAGCAGAUUUAUAGAAGUAUUUUAGAUUACACCAGCAGGAGGCGCUCAUCUCUUCAGGGAGACUUUAACUGUUCAGAUUACUUUUUAUGUUAAUAAAACUCUACAUUAAUAUAAAUAAUAAAUAUGGUUAUAUAACCCCUGCAUUCUGAAAUCAAGCAAUACUGAUAUAAAUUACAGCAGAUAGAUAACAGAGUUUUUAUACUGUAUCAUCACUGCUUUAAUCAUAAUAAUAAUAAUAUCUCUAAAUAUUCAGUCUUGUUUUCAGGAUCUCAGGAGGAUUUAGUGCUGAAAACACUUUAUUAUCUCAGAACAGCAGCGGAACCGUUUUUAGGGUUUAGAACAUAUCCAGAUCUCUUUACUCUCCAAACGCUUUACUGUGUUCUGGGUUUAAUAAUUAAAAUGGUUCUUUAAGUUAAAGAACUGCUUCCUUUAAUAAUUACCCUUUAUUGAACAGUGUUCUUUAAUAAUAAUCUCUUUUUCUUUUUGAUUUCUUGGGAAAAUUUUUGUAAUAUUUUUCUAUCGAUUUGUAAGAUUUGCUACAAUUAGUUUGAAGUGAGAGUGUGAUGUAAUAAGUUUUGGGAGAAUUCAUCUUGUUUUUGCCAUAAAACUGCAAUAAAGAGCCAGACUGA